AUGUAUGAACAAGGAUUAAUUUUACUUCCCCAUUUAGCUACUCUAGGUUGGGUAGUAGGUCCUGGGGGGGAAGUUGUAGAUACCUUUCCGUACUUUGUAUCUGGAGUCCUUCAUUUAAUUUCCUCUGCAGUGUUGGGCUUUGGCGGUAUUUAUCAUGCACAUCUGGGACCCAAGACGCUGGAAGAAUCUUUUCCGUUUUUCGGUUAUAGCUCUUCUCGGCGAUUCACGGUGCUCUUCUCGGCGAUUCACGGUGCUAAUCUCAUUCCGGUGAGUCACGGUCCAUCGAGUGCUGCUCAUCUCAUUCCGACGAGUCACAGUCCGUCGAGUGCUGCUCUUCUCAUUCCGGCGAGUCACAGUUCGUUGCUCGUCUCAUUCCGGCGAGUCUCUUCUUAUUCCGGCGAUCCGCUGCUCUUCCUCGGCGCCGCUACUCUUUCAAAGGUGCGAUGCCACCUUAAGGCUUAUGGCUUGUGGUGGAUGAGAGCUUAUGGCUUGUGGUGGAUUAAUUAA